CUCAACUUCGAAGGAAUGCCGCCCCCGACCCCCGAGCAGGCCGCGGGGCUCGGCGGCUGCCUGCGGCUGUGCGCCCGCGUCGGGCAACGACAUCGGCGGCGCCGGGACGGAGGCCCUGGCACGGGCGCUGCCCUCCAUGCCCAGCCUGUCUUUUCUGUUCCUGUCGAACAACGGCAUCGGCGGCGCCGGGGCGGAGGCCCUGGCGCGGGCGCUGUCCUCCUUGCCCGGCCUGCUUUCUCUGUCCCUGUCAAACAGCGGCAUCGGCGGCGCCGGGACGGAGGCCCUGGCACGGGCGCUGCCCUCCAUGCCCGGCCUGCUUUCUCUGUCCCUGUCGAACAACGGCAUCGGCGGCGCCGGGGCGGAGGUCCUGGCACGGGCGAUGCCCUCCAUGCCCGACAUGGAAACCCUGAAGCUGUCGAACAACGGCAUCGGCGGCGCCAGGGCGGAGGCCCUGGCGCGGGCGCUGCCCUCCAUGCCCGGCCUGUCUUUUUUGAAACUGUCGGACAACAGCAUCGGAGGCGACGGGGCCGUGGCCUUGGCACGGGCGCUGCCCUUCAUGCCCGCCUUGCGGUUUCUGUCCCUGUCGGACAACGGCAUCGGCGGCGCCGGGGCGGAGGCCCUGGCGCUGGCGCUGCCCUCCGCGCCCGACCUGACGGAUCUGUGGCUGUCGAACAACGGCAUCGGCGGCGCCGGGGCGGAGCUGCGCGCCGCCUGGGGCGACCGGCGCCCUGAUUUAUUGCUGCUCUGA